CUUCCUUCUCUUUCUCUCCCCACAUCCCCACUGAUUCUAUUUACCUCGUCUGUGAGGUACUCUUGAUCUAGGGAUUGUCCUCCGGGGUUGGCCCAUUAUUCUCUGUUUUCAUAUGAUAUAACACAGCCUUUACCAGAGCUCCUUUGUGCUCUCACAAAGCGAGGCCUCGCCUCAGUCUGGCUUCACUGCCCCCUUGGCCUCGAUCUUCGUUCUACGUCUCCUUCUCAGGUGUAAUCUAGGCACAGCCUUACCACUGCCAACAUGUCGCAUCUUCAACAGCAGCUGAAGAGCUUCAACGCUGGUGUUAUGGACUAUGCAGCCCGAAUGCCCCAACAGCGUCGUUUCGUGCACAACGCCAACAACACUUCAGCGAGCAGUUCCCAGCUUCCCUCCUCUACGUCUACACCUACUCCAAGCGACGAUGCGAGACGCAAACGGCACGAUGCGGAUAUUGUUUACUCGCAGCCUGCCAAUACCGGCACAGGAAAGGAUAUCAUGACGCAAGUUGUCUUUGCGAUCGAGCACAUGAAGUCCAAGGGAAUCCCGCUCAAGUUUGCCGAUAUUGUCUCCUACUUGUCCCUUCAACAUCGGGCCAACGACCAAGGCUAUGUCCAAGCACUGCGGAGCAUUCUGCAGAUGCAUGAGAAGGUUCAGUACGAUCCCAGCGGCGCAAACGGCGAAGGCACUUUCAGCUUCCGUCCCCCGCACAACAUCCGUACUGCCGAACAGCUCCUCCAGAAACUCCAGUCCCAGUCGACUGGUGCGGGAAUGAGUGUGCGCGAACUUCGCGAGGGUUGGCCCAACGUGGAGGAUACGAUCAAUAAACUCGAGAAGGAAGGCAAGCUGCUGGUCACUCGGAACAAGAAGGACGAUCAUGCCAAGAUGGUUUGGGCUAAUGAUCCAUCCUUGAUUCAGCACUUUGAUCCUGAGUUCCGUCAGAUCUGGGAGAAGAUCAAGGUUCCUGAUCAGCAGGCUGUUAAGGAAGAGUUGGAAAAGGCGGGUAUUUUACCUACCAACAAGAACAAGGUUGUCAAGGCCCGGCCGAAGAUUGAGAACAAGAAGGUGAAAAAGCCACGGCGGAGUGGGAAGACCACCAACACUCACAUGAUGGGCGUUUUGAGAGAUUAUUCGCACCUCAAACGGUAGUGCUUGGUUUCGUCGACUCCUGGUUCCGAAAAGUGUGCCACUGUCUUUUUGGGUUUUUGCUUGGGGCUUACAUUGCAUUAUACUGGCGUUUGUGGUAUUAGACAUGGGGUUGUUCUAUGGUUACCUGUACAAUUAUUAUAGCAAAAUCGAUACCCGGAUAAUUAAAUGGUUA